GUGAGUAAGCAAAGUUAAACACGUGACCUUUCUCCUCACAUGGUAGUUGCUGUUUGAAGGUGAAGUGUCCGCUAGCGCUAGGUUCUGUUACCACUCCAAGAUGUCGUCCCUUUCGGCUGCCAGCGUGGAGACUCCUGCUGUGACUGAUGGCACUGAGCAGGAGAAGAAGCCUCUGAAGCCAUGCUGUGCUUGUCCAGAGACCAAAAAAGUCAGAGAUGCUUGCAUCAUCGAGAAGGGAGAGGAGAACUGCAGAGACCUGAUCGAGGCACAUAAAGAUUGCAUGAGGUCGCUUGGAUUCAAGAUCUAACUCCAUUUUGUGCUCGUGUGUGUGUGUGAUGGUGUGAGUGGAAGACGACCCUGGACAUUCAUUUCUUUAUUUAUACCUCCUCUGGAAGGGAAACGUGAUACAGAAGCACUCGAACUGCUGGAUUUAUGAGUGAAAUAUUUUUUCUAACUCUGUAAACUCUGCUGUGUGAUUAUGAAUAAAAGCCCUAUGCAACGAGA